GGGAGGGGAGAGACACAGAAAGAAAGAAAGAAAAAGAAAGAGAAUGGAAGAAAUAGGUUUGUGCGUGUGUGUGUGUGGAUGUGUGAGAGAGAGGCAGGCACAGUCAGUUCUGAUAACAGCAACAGUAGGAGGAGGAUGAGCUUGGCUCCGCCCCCUCCCCUCUCUCAGUUAUAAAUAGGAGCUGGUGUUUUUUGCUCCUCUCACUUCUCUUGAAGGAUGAGAUCCCUGAAACAUCUGAAACAUCACACCAGGAGUAAUGUGGAAGAGCAGGAGGUUCCUCUGGUCCGCUGCUAUUCUAAAGUGAUGGAGCAUGCAGUGAAUGCCGGCACACAGACCGACCCCGUGGUGGUCCUGUCUUUGGCCCAGGCCGCUGUGCUUGGUCUCAUAUCUCAGAAUGAAAUCUUUGGAGCCACCAUCGCCCCGAACGGUUUCUACUCGGGAGAAGGGCGUGAUGGCCCCCCUCCCCCUGGGGAAGCCAUGGAGUAUGAAUAUGCAGAUCAGCUAAUUGGAGCCAACGGAGACUAUUUGUCAGACUCUCACGGAGAGCACAGGAGGUCAGAAGGACUUCGCGGGGCAGAACGUAGGCGCCCGGGUCCCCGUGGGAGAACCAAGAGGCCACUGAAUGAGAGAGAACCAGAAGAGUCCACAGAGAGGUCUCUGGACACACUGAAUCAGGUGAAAGGAGAGAGACUUGAGUUUUCAAGCCCCUGUUAUCUCUCAAAUUCACAGCAAACAGACGAGCCAGAGGUAUUGGACCUAGCACCUAACCGAGGGCCGAUGAAAGAGGAGAACUGCACCAAAGGCUACCCGGAUUCCUCAAGGGAAUCAAGCAGCCAAAAUAUUGACGCCAACUCUGAAGCUAACACUAAGGCCCAGGCAAGUGCUGUUGGGCCUGCAAAGUCACCGGCGGUGUCCUCUGAGGAAGAGCGAGGAAAAGAGGAGGAACAUGACGAUGUGGAAGAACGAGCGCUAAAUCUAAAAACCUCAGAAGAAGAUGUGACACCCGUAAUGAGACGCUACUACGAGUCCAGUGUUAUCGGAUACGAUGCUGCUGAGAUGAGUCUGGCAGGGGAGUAUGAAGAGGGGAGCCAGCCCAUGGCAUGGGCGGAUGGCGAGAACUCUUUGGGUAGACGAAUGCAAAUCGAUCGGCUGGAUAUCAACGUGCAGAUCGACGAGUCGUACUGCGUGGAUGUGGGAGAAGGCCUGAAGCGCUGGAAGUGCCGCAUGUGCGAGAAGUCCUACACCUCUAAAUACAACCUGGUCACGCACAUCCUCGGCCACAACGGCAUCAAACCCCACGAGUGUGUGCACUGUGGAAAGCUCUUUAAGCAGCCCAGCCACCUGCAGACGCACCUGCUGACGCAUCAGGGCACGCGGCCACACAAGUGCACAGUCUGCAAAAAGGCCUUUACCCAGACCAGCCAUCUCAAGCGGCACAUGCUUCAGCACAGCGACGUCAAGCCCUACAGUUGCCGCUUCUGUGGCCGGGGCUUCGCCUACCCCAGUGAACUGCGAACCCACGAGACCAAGCACGAGAGCGGUCACUGUCACGUCUGUACGCAGUGCGGUUUGGAGUUUCCCACUCAUGCACACCUCAAACGGCACCAGGUCAGCCAUCAGGGCCCGACCACCUUCCAGUGCAGCGAAUGCCACAAGUCCUUCGCCUACCGUAGCCAACUUCAGAACCACCUGAUGAAGCACCAGAACGUCAGGCCAUACGUCUGCUCCGAGUGUGGCAUGGAGUUCGUGCAGAUCCACCACCUGAAGCAGCACAUGCUUACACACAAGGUACUGACACCGCAGGCCCUCGAACACAAGGGUAUGAAGGAAUACAAAUGCGACGUGUGUUCCCGUGAAUUCACCCUAUCCGCCAACCUGAAGCGGCACAUGCUGAUCCACACCAGCGUGCGGCCCUUCCAGUGCCACGUCUGCUUCAAAACCUUCGUCCAGAAACAGACGCUCAAAACUCACAUGAUCGUACACCUGCCCGUCAAACCGUUUAAGUGCAAGGUGUGUGGGAAGUCCUUCAACAGAAUGUAUAACCUGCUGGGACACAUGCACCUUCACGCCGGCAGCAAACCCUUCAAGUGUCCUUACUGCACCAGCAAGUUCAAUUUGAAGGGCAACCUCAGUCGACACAUGAAGGUGAAACAUGGAAUCCUGGACACCUCGUCUGAAGGACAAGAUGCUCUUCCUGACGCAGAGGGUCACGAAGAUUAUGAAGAGGAGAGCUUCGAUUACAGCGAAAGGGAAAAUCUAGCCAGCAACAACAGCACAACGACACAAGACAUGGCCAAACUCGCCAAAAUGAGUUACUACAACUACACAAAGGUUGCUGCUCGCUACAAUACGACUUAAGGGGCUGUGUUUUAAAGAAGAAAAAACCCUGAUAGUCAUUUCUGGUUCAUGAGUCAUGGGGAAAUAGCCAUCAUGUGGACGUGCACUGGAAGCCAUUUUGGCUCGGAAACAAAAGUGAUGGACUGAAGCGUGACUUUAACAGGUGUAAUUUGACAUUUGCCAAGGCUCAUCGUGAAGAAUAGAGGACAGUGAAUAUUUUAAUGCUGUCACAGAGUGCAGAUGAAUAUCAUUUCUGAACCAGUGCAAAGGUGAAAUGAUAUAGGCACUUAAUCCAUACAGACAAUCCACUGCUUUAUACAUGAUGACGUGACGUUUGCCGUUUUAGGACAUUGAUCUUGUUGGUGAUUUUACGGUCCAGCCAGUUAGAAACCAUCGUAUAGGGUUUAACCAAAGCUGACAAAGUGCAAAUACAGUAGUUCGCAUUACAUUUUAACAACAUUUAUUUUUAAACACACUGUGACUUUAUGUUCCUCCUCUGCAAUUGUGGUUUUCAAUGUAUGUGUUGGUAGUAACUCACAGUGAGUUUAUUUUUCAGUGCCUGGGGUUACUUUUAUUUUUUUAAGUUAAACAUGGGCCAGUCUGUGACAUCAGUUUUUUUUUAUAAUUAUUUUUACAAAUAGUAUUUAUUGUUCAAUGGCAUUCACAAAUGUAAAUACAUUGAAGACCCAGUGUUCCAGGUGGGCAGAUGUGAAAAAUUACUGCAGGGUGUUAUUUGGGCAUAACCGCAUUAUUUUCCUAAGCGCAUUAUUUGGUCAUUCUUUAAAAUGCUAAAAUCUUUAAAUUAUAUUUCGUUUGCAUCUUUAGUUCAUUUAAUGUAAUAAUAUAAACUCAAGACAUUUCCCAUUAAAAAUUCGCUAUUUCAGAGACGUGCAUCACCAACAAACCGUGUUAUAUAUUUAAUUAAAAUAUGAUCUGGUUAUUUCAGACAUCGCAUUAGUUUGUAGUCCGUAUUUUACAGUUAUUAAAGGGGCCAUGGCAUGAAAAUCUGACUUUUUCCAUGUUUAAGUGCUUCAGUGAUUCUAUAAACCUAGAAAAUGUGAAAAAGAUCAACCCAGUAACUUAGUUUUGGUAAACCAUUCUCUUCAAGCACAUAAGAAAAUAGGUCGUUGAAAUUUGGCUUUCCUUAUGAUGUCAUAAGGAGCUCUUAUUAUAAUAAUACCGCCCCUUAAUCUGCACUCUUCAACCACAGCACUGCCAUUUAGUGCAGAGAAAAGCACAAGAAUUGAGUUUUAAUUGCAACAACCACCAUCAUUGUGAUCAGUGUUGGAAUUUCAUCAGCUCAUUUGCAUUUUAAAUGACACACCCAAAACGGCACAUUUUGUACACACCUAAAAGUGGCAAUUUUAACAUGCUAUAAUAAAUUAUUUAUAUGGUAUUUUGAGCUAAAACGUCACAUAUGUGCUCUGGGGACACCAAAGAUUUAUUUGACAUUUUAAAAAAAGUUUUAUGCCAUGGCCCCUUUAACCAUGUUCUUGUUCUAUUAUACUUGCUAGCUAACUAUGUGUGCAAAAUCCAUUUAAAUUUCACAAUGUGGGUACCUCGGUUUCUCUUGGUGUGACAUCCGUUUUAAUCCCACGGAUAUAAAACCCUUGUAACAUCUACUGUAUCUUUUCCAAAGUCACUAGUACUGAAUUUUGAAGAGAAUGUGCGAAAGACACUGGCCAAAAAUAUUAACUGCCCUUAUGUGUGCAAGAGAGCGUCUCAUCCAUCAUUCCAGCAGAGAGCUCAGAAGUGAUGAACGACACACUGCCGACAUGUGACAGGGCUCGAGACCCAGCAGAGAAUGAUUGGGGAAAUUCACCGUGUAUUCUCGAUUUCUCUCUCUCUGCUUAGCUUCACGCUGACAGUACCGACUAUCUAGACAACGCAAAAUGUUAAUGUGUAACACCGAAGAUUUGGUGAAUUUGCUGUUUCUGAGUGGUUUUGUCCUUUUUGCCCAUUUUGGGCUGAGAUGGGCAGGAGUUUUAGUUUUGUAUGAGCUUUGAUUCUUUUGUUGCACAGAGAUGUGAAUAUAAUGCUGAUAAAUGUUG